AUGGCGAAUAAAUCUUGCAGCAAGACCAGUGUGAUCGACUCUAUGAGAGGGCAAACUGUUAGAAUACCAAAUCUGAAAAGGGUGUUUGACGGUUUCCCAGCUGGGGUCAACCCGCACUAUAAAAGGAUGAUUCCAAUGGUUAAUCGAAAGCUGGAAAGUUGCGUAUCCGAUGAAAGGGUAAUUACCGAAAUGAAAAAGGCAGACUUUGCUCUCGGUGCUGCAUCGAUCUGGCCACGAGCAGCGUGGGACGAGUAUCUUGUCCUGACGUAUCUAUGUCUGUUGGUGUUUGUAUGGGAUGAUGAGAUCGAUAUGCCAGCCGCACCCCUGGCUUCCGAUUUCCAAGCUGCCCAGUCGUUCAGGCGCGAGACGGUGAACUUUGUUAAAAGCUCUCUUGGGUUUGGGGAGAAAGGGGUGGUGUCACGGUCACGGAGCGCCACAAUCAGCAGCUUUGAGCUCAUUUCAGGCCCGCUUCGCAAAGUUUAUACUAGAGACCAGCUUGCGUCAUUCCUGCAUGAACUUACUUUCUCACUUGAGAUGUCCCAGGUUGAGCAGGAGUAUUCUCUCAGCGAUAGGAUCCCAACUAUUAGCGAGUAUUGGGCUUUCCGUAUGGGUACGAGUGGGGUUGGGCCGUUCCUGGCAAUGGCUGAAUAUUCAAUCAGAAGCCGCUUACCACGACCGAUCAUUAAUAGCCCUGAAAUGAAGGUUAUCUGGGAUGAGACGAAUCUGAUGAUGUCCCUUAUCAAUGACAUACUAUCGGUGAAAAAAGAAGUGGUCAGUCCCGCGCGACCUUGUCCAAGUUCCACCAAUUUUGUCCUUCUAGAGACUGAUCUUCCUCUCUUGCAACGGCAGGUCGCAGGAAGUAUCUUGGGACUCGUCCCCCUCUUAUGUAUGCAGAAUCCCGAUGCUCAAGCCGCCGUCGAUUCCGCCGUGAAAGCUUUACAUGACUCGGUCAAGCGGUUCCGGAACGCCGAAGGCCAACUGCUCCGUCGCACAGCACGAGAUGCGAAAACGCAAGAGACUCUUCGCAACUAUAUCAAUGUCUGCAAGGAAAACGUGACUGGUUUUCUCAAUUGGUGUUCGCGCACACCAAGAUAUGGCAUGGCUGGCAAUGUCGAAAAAGAUGGUAGCAUGUUAAUCACCCUCUAG